AUGGCCGGCAGUGGAGCUGCAGAACCCACCGGGAAACAGCCGGGAGAUGCACACAGCACUUCCCCUUCAGAACCCACCGGGAAACAGCCGGGAGAUGCACACAGCACUUCCCCUUCAGAACCCACCGGGAAACAGCCGGGAGAUGCACACAGCACUUCCCCUUCAGAACCCACCGGGAAACAGCCGGGAGAUGCACACAGCACUUCCCCUUCAGAACCCACCGGGAAACAGCCGGGAGAUGCACACAGCACUUCCCCUUCAGAACCCACCGGGAAACAGCCGGGAGAUGCACACAGCACUUCCCCUUCAGAACCCACCGGGAAACAGCCGGGAGAUGCACACAGCACUUCCCCUUCAGAACCCACCGGGAAACAGCCGGGAGAUGCACACAGCACUUCCCCUUCAGAACCCACCGGGAAACAGCCGGGAGAUGCACACAGCACUUCCCCUUCAGAACCCACCGGGAAACAGCCGGGAGAUGCACACAGCACUUCCCCUUCAGAACCCACCGGGAAACAGCCGGGAGAUGCACACAGCACUUCCCCUUCAGAACCCACCGGGAAACAGCCGGGAGAUGCACACAGCACUUCCCCUUCAGAACCCACCGGGAAACAGCCGGGAGAUGCACACAGCACUUCCCCUUCAGAACCCACCGGGAAACAGCCGGGAGAUGCACACAGCACUUCCCCUUCAGAACCCACCGGGAAACAGCCGGGAGAUGCACACAGCACUUCCCCUUCAGAACCCACCGGGAAACAGCCGGGAGAUGCACACAGCACUUCCCCUUCAGAACCCACCGGGAAACAGCCGGGAGAUGCACACAGCACUUCCCCUUCAGAACCCACCGGGAAACAGCCGGGAGAUGCACACAGCACUUCCCCUUCAGAACCCACCGGGAAACAGCCGGGAGAUGCACACAGCACUUCCCCCUCACAGAACCCACCGGGAAUCAGCCGGGAGAUGCACACACUUUUAAAUGUCUCGUUCAUUCAGGCAACCUCUGUUGCACUGAAGGAUAAAAUAGAGCUGAACAAAUGGGGCAUUUCUUCCUUCCUGCUGCAGUAA